GGUAGCGGCGCGGCGGAAGGGGCGCGGCGCGGGCGCCAUGGCGGCGGCAGCGCGGCCGCUGGCGCUGCUCACCAGCUGUGCCGCGGGCUUCGCGCCCGAGGAGCUCGUCAAACGUAUCACAGGAGAAGAUGACCUGACUGUGGGUGCAAUAACACAGGGAAGAGUGAAUUUCUACCCCUGGACGAUAGAUAACAAAUACUAUUGUGCAGAUAUCCACCUGUGUGUGGUCCCAAACACGUUCCACGUGACUGCAGAGAUCGCCGAGGCUGUGCAGGCAUUUGUGGUGUACUUUGACAGCACAGCAAAAACUGGACUGGAGGGUGUCUCUGAAUGGCUGCCCCUGACAGAAGAGUGGCUGCCAGAAGUGAUGAUCCUGGUUUGUGACAGAGUGUCUGAGAACGGUGUAAGCAGACAGAAAGCUCAAGAAUGGUGCAUCAAGCAUGGCUUUGAGCUGGUAGAGCUCAGCCCUGAGGAGCUGCCUGAUGAAGAUGAUGAUUUCCCCGAGUCCACGGGAGUGCAGCGCAUCGUGCAGGCCCUCAACGCCAACGUCUGGUCCAACGUGGUGAUGAAGGGGGACAGGAGCCAGGGCUUUGGUCUCCUCAGCACCUUGGCAGGAGCCAACAGGAGCCGUGGCUGUGAAGAGACCCCGGAGACAGAAUCCAGGCCAGGAGAGAGGGAGCAGUCCCAGUCGGAUGGUGGGGAGGAUGGAGCUGGCACACACAGCCUGGAGCCUGACAGUGCUGCAGAUCCCAUGCUGGACAUGGACAUCCAGGAGCUGGCCAGCCUGACCACGAGGGAUGGCGACCUGGAGAACUUCGAAAGGCUCUUCUCAAAGCUGAAAGAAAUGAAAGACAAAGCUGCCACGCUGCCCCACGAGCAGAGGAAGCUGCACGCAGAGAAGGUGGCCAAAGCCUUCUGGAUGGCAAUUGGAGGAGACAGGGAUGAGAUUGAAGGUCUCUCCUCGGAUGAAGAAAACUGAAUUCCUCUGUAGCUGAAGUGCCAGAGCAAUCCUGAGGGAAUGAUCCUCCCCUGAAUCAGUGUUCAUUGCCAAAAACCCCAUUUAGCUGCAGCUGCUGCCCUUGGUGACAGCGUUCCCCAUGUCCCACAUUCCACAGCAUCUCCAGCUCCAGAGCCUUUGUGUGACUGUCCUGUCUCCUCUCCCAGAGGACCUGGGGAGGUGACACGUGUGUGGUUCAAGGAAACAGUGAUGAGUUUACAUUUUACAAAUGAACAUUUUUAUGAUUUCCUCUCUGGGGUUUAAAUAAACAAAUGUGCUCCCAGUUAUCUCUGCACACAGGGCUGGGGCUUGGGAAGUCACUCCUGAGUUCCAAACUGCAUUUUUCAGCUGUAGGGCUCUUGGAUGGUUUCGUGGAGCUUUUCCCAGUUGAGACUGGCCAGAUUUGGAUGAGCCAUGAGCAGGAGGUUGCUGAGCCCCAUCCUGCCAAGUGCCAAAGCCAUUGCACGUGGCCCCAGGCUCGGAUUCCGUUGGUGUUGUGCACACUCCCUGGAUUCCCACUGGAAUGCCAGGUGGCUGCUGCUGCUCCAGGGCUGGAGUUCCCUGCCCAAACCUUGUGCAAGGCCUGGCAGAGUGCACAGAGCUGCUCUGGGGAGCUCUGUCCUCAGCUCCCAAAGCCCUCGGUGCCCCUGGGUGGGUCAGUGCCCACUCCCUGUGUGUUCCCUUUCCUGGAGGGAGCCCCCAUCACUUCCACAGCAGCACAGGGCACAGAGCCUCUGGAAUGAGGGACAUGGAAGGAAGGUGGAGCCUGGUGAGGAGGAAGGGGAGGUGCCACCCUGGCUGCUCUGUGCAGGUACAGGCUGUGGAUCCACAGGAAGAGUCUGGCCCCAAGAACUUUUCCUUACCCAUCUGAAAAUCCACCCUGUUGAGCACCCUCAGUUAGGAAUUCCAAUAUUACCUUUUCCAAUGUCCCUGAAUUGCCGAGUCCCAGGACACGGGUUUGCCAUCGAUUCUUGGAUGGCUUUAUGUCCUGCAGCACUUCCAGAGUGCUCCUUGAAUUCCCUUUUUAAUGCUGAAGCACAGGUGAAUGUAAAUCCUCAUUCUUGGAAUGCUGGGAAUAAUUUCCUGCAUGGAAGCUGCAGCGUUCAAGGACAAGAGCUGCAGCCUCACUGGCAGUUUGGGAAGCGUUUCCCAGCUGAGGCCUGAGCAGGAGCUCCCCCGUGGUGAAACACCGGGUGUGGGAAGAGUUCUGGAAUAUGAGAGAGCCAAGGAAACUCCUGCCAGGGACACCUUCCCAGGGGCCCUGCUGUGCCUGCACCUUCUGUCCCAGCACAGAGAGGGGCACAGAGCUGCACGGGCUCAUUCCCAGCAGGCAAUCAGUGGUUUCCAUGUUGGCCUCUCGGCAGCUGAGAUUCCUUCUGCCCUUUCUAAAUCUUUGUUGUGCAAUGCUGAUAAAUGGCCAAAGUGCCAAGGGAAUAGAGUGGAGGCAGCGAAGAAAAAACUGGACACUUUAUAAACCCAUUCUUUAGACAUGUGAUAGAGAUGUGACUUUUUAAAUUUAAUGAGA